GGGAGCGGGUGCCACAUGGUAUCACAGGAGCUCCAGUCAGGCCAUGUGUCCCCAAACAUGGCUGGGCCUCUAGUCUCUCCUCCAGCAUCGUCCGCUGUGGGCGAUGCCUCUGACAUCACAAUACCCAGCUGGACACUCAAUAAUGAUGAGCUGUGCCCAGUGGACACCAGAGGAGGGGAGAAAAGGAGGAGGACAAAGUGGGGAGGGAGGAGAUGGAGCAAUCCCUUAUGUGAUAAUUCCAUCAACUCAGCUUUUCAUCUACCAUCUGGUUCAACUGUAGUGUGUUCAGCUCCAUAUAACCUAUACAGCGUCUGUGCCCUCUCCCCCAAACUCAGCAAAAUCUUACGGUCCUCUAAUCGAGAGAAUUUUGCUCCUGUUGCUGCGUGUCUCGUGGUUCAUCAUCGGACCCGAAUCAUUAACCAAUGGCAACAGGAAUCCAAGGAUAAAGUGAUUUCCCUCCUGUUAACUCACCUGCCUUUGCUGAAGCCAGGAAACCUCGAUGCAAAAGUUGAGUAUAUGAAACUGCUGCCCAAAAUCCUGGCGCACUCUAUUGAACACAACCAGCACAUCGAGGAGAGCAGGCAGCUGCUGUCCUAUGCUUUGAUACAUCCGGCCACUUCGUUGGAAGACCGCAGUGCUUUAGCCAUGUGGCUGAACCACUUGGAGGACCGCACGUCGACCAGCUUCGGCGGCCAGAACCGAAGCCGCUCAGACUCUGUGGAUUAUGGGCAGACUCACUACUAUCACCAAAGACAGAACUCCGAUGACAAGCUCAAUGGGUGGCAGAACUCUCGGGAUUCGGGGAUUUGCAUCAACGCCUCCAACUGGCAGGACAAAAGCCUGGGGUGUGAGAACGGCCAUGUGCCCCUCUACUCCUCUUCAUCUGUCCCCACCACAAUCAAUACGAUUGGAACCAGCACAAGUACAAUUCUCUCAGGCCAGGCACACCACAGCCCUUUGAAACGAUCUGUGUCCCUUACCCCACCCAUGAAUGUGCCAAACCAGCCUCUAGGACAUGGAUGGAUGUCUCAUGAGGACUUACGAGCUAGAGGACCCCAGUGCCUCCCAUCCGAUCAUGCCCCCCUGUCUCCACAAAGCAGUGUAGCCUCUUCAGGAAGUGGUGGGAGUGAACACUUAGAAGAUCAGAACACUGCUCGUAACACAUUCCAAGAAGAAGGUAGUGGUAUGAAAGAUGUUCCAGCCUGGUUAAAAAGCCUCCGCCUGCACAAGUACGCUGCUCUUUUCUCCCAGAUGACCUAUGAGGAAAUGAUGGCCCUUACUGAGUGCCAGCUGGAGGCUCAGAAUGUUACCAAAGGUGCAAGACACAAAAUUGUCAUCAGUAUUCAGAAGCUCAAAGAAAGACAAAACCUCCUGAAGUCUUUGGAAAGGGACAUCAUCGAAGGGGGCAACCUGCGCAUCCCGCUCCAGGAGCUGCACCAGAUGAUCCUGACUCCCAUCAAGGCCUACAGCUCCCCAAGCACCACCCCCGAGGCUUGCCGCCGGGAGCCCCAGGCCCCCCACCCGCCCUCACUGAUGGGCCCUGAGGGCCAGACCCCUGACUGCAAAGACAGUGCCGCAGCCACUGGUGCCACAGCCACCGCCUCCGCUGGGGCCAGCGGUGGGCUCCAGCCACACCAGCUGAGUAGCUGUGAUGGGGAGCUGGCCGUCGCCCCCCUGCCGGAGGGGGAUCUCCCUGGGCAGUUCACACGUGUCAUGGGGAAAGUGUGCACACAGCUCUUGGUCUCCAGACCUGAUGAGGAAAAUAUAAGUUCCUAUUUACAGCUCAUAGACAAGUGUCUAAUUCAUGAGGCAUUUACAGAGACUCAGAAAAAAAGAUUGUUGUCAUGGAAACAGCAGGUGCAGAAGCUCUUUCGGUCUUUCCCUCGGAAAACCCUUCUAGACAUAUCAGGAUAUCGACAGCAAAGAAAUCGCGGCUUUGGGCAGUCUAACUCCCUCCCGACACCCAGCUCUGUAGGCGGUGGUAUGGGCAGACGGAACCCACGCCAGUACCAGAUCCCCUCCCGGAACGUCCCUUCUGCCCGCCUUGGCCUCCUGGGUACCAGUGGAUUUGUCAGCUCCACCCAGCGCAACACCACAGCCAACCCCGCCAUCAUGAAACAAGGAAGACAGAACCUCUGGUUUGCCAAUCCUGGGGGCAGCAACAGCAUGCCAAGCCGCACCCACAGCUCAGUCCAAAGGACCCGCUCGUUGCCUGUGCACACUUCUCCACAGAAUAUGCUGAUGUUCCAGCAGCCAGAAUUCCAGCUUCCUGUGACUGAACCUGACAUCAACAAUAGGCUGGAGUCCUUGUGCCUCAGUAUGACCGAGCACGCCCUGGGAGACGGGGUUGACCGGACCUCCACAAUCUAGAAGCUGAAGAUGAGAGCGACCGCGCUGGCCGUGAAAUCGACUGCUGCGGGUCCAGUGUCAACCAUCUUCAGGGUUGCACGGAAUCCUCCGAGAUCCUUUGCAGCCUUUUUUUCCCCUGGUCCCUCUCCCAUUUUGAUUUUGUGAGAGCGUAGGUCGUCCUUGUAAACAUAUCAGUAGACCAGG